UACUAAUAUAUCACGUCUUGUCCCGUAAGCAAGUAUUACUUUCUCAGAGAAAUCGGUAUUUUUGAGUGGGUUUUACUACUUAAUACCUGAUCAAAUCAAUUCUUAACACAUUUUUAAAUCCUACUUUUUUGUAACUUGUCACAGGCAGUUUUCUAUUAUCUUCAAUGUAGUGGUGGUUAAUUACGUAUAUUAAAUAUCUCAUCACUUUUUUUCAGUCCCGGUCAAAUUUAAGAACAUUAAUUUCCUCGUGGUACUUUGCUGAAGGUAUUUAUCAAUAGAUUUAAGCUCACUGAUGUUCAUCACUGUAAGAAGCCCAACAAGGCACCUUACGUGAAUGUCUCAUCGUUUUAAUCGUAGCGAACGUUCUCAGAUGCUUUCUGUGCAAACAUCUAAACCAAAAAUAUUUUUAUCUCUACUGUUUUUGUUCUAAAAAUCCCAACUCUACAUCAAAUAUGGGGUCCGGGGUGAAUGCAAGUAAGGCUUAUAGGUAUAGUUGGACUACUACUGUCGCCCGUCUUAAACAAUAAUGGUCUAGAUCCUUGUUUCUUAAUCCUCUUCUAUGUCGAGAAAUGGCUCAUUCCUCUUAAAAAUAAAUGUGUAGGGUCAUACAGGCAGUAUAUAAUCAGCUUUGUGAGGUAUAAAACAACCAGUAUCCAUUCCACUUGCAGGGAUCUUGCUAUCAAAUAUAAAGCCCAUAUUUGCAUCAAACUAGGCAGACUUUGGGUUGUCAGAGCCUACCUCAUAAUCGCAGUGGUUCUUACUCCGCAGGUCGCAAAUUGUUCAUGAUAUCCCUGGACAAGAAACAUUUCGUUAGCUUUCAGUGUGCUCCUGAUAUAAACCAACGGGGCAUAUUUUGGAUAAACUCGAAUUCAUUGAAGUAUUUCCAGUACGCAUAACCUCACCCUCUCAACCAAAGACAAUUGAUGUCGUUGAGUUCACUAGAAAUGAGUACAAUGAUAUAAAACUUUCUCCAGAAGUAUUAAGAUCAGUCAAGAUAAACGUAGACCUCUAUGGGGACAUGAUAACAAUUUAAAAUGGGUUUAUCAAGCCACCGUAUAGCUGAUGAUCUUAUGACUUUAGCAACGAGAUUUAUUUUGGAUCCCCUUUCUGGUACUUACGAAACUCAACCCCAUUUGACACAGAGGGGGAAACUAGGAGCAAGGGCAUCAAGUUAGUGAAAUCUACUACCUUAGAUUCAAAAGACCAUAAAAGUCAACCUGCUAAAGACUGAAACCACUUGAAAACUUUUUCCACAACAGCUAGGCGAUGGGUGUUUCCUACUGACUCACUGUCAAUACAACGAUGAAAUGGAGUGUACUUUCGAUUAUUGAUAAAUUCAGGGUUUAUAGAUGAUCAGGACCCACACGUAUUGGGUUUUUGUGAAGCCCAGGGUGCUAUUAGUAAAUGUUAUAGUUGAUUUUACAUAAACGAUCCCAGGAUAUUUCACAAGGAUCGAUCAGAUACCGUAGUUAAAGUUGUACUUUGCAAACUUUAAGGUGAAUUCGGAGACUCGAUAGUGAAAUUCAGCUCUGACAUGACGGAAUAAGAUGAUAUUAUUUGGACCAAUUCUUUCCGUAUCAGUUUGCUAUGAAUUCCGGCCAAGGUGACAUGUGCGAAAUUCAUUCAGUAUGACGUCUUAGAGAUGGCUUGUGACGUUACCAGACAUGGCUCAGAAUAGAAGUCAGUGGCGAGAAAGAAACUGAAAGAAUCCUUGCUGGGUUGUAUCUUUCUUAAUUGAGCUGGUUCUCCCAUCAUUAUUAUAAUUGUUAUCAUUACUUCACUCCCAUACACGAAAUUUUAUUUAUUUUUGUUCUUUUUCUAUCAUACUUUCCUAUCCGUGUCUAAUAUAUCAAGGGGAUGACAUAUCGACCAAAUCCAUUUUGCGUUUAGAGCUUGAAGUCUUCCUUUACAGCGAUUUCUGGUCCUCAUCAGUUUAGGGUCCUGUCUGUUAGGCUUUCUAGUCUUCUAUAAAUGUAGGAAAACCCAUCAGUAUGUAAAUAAAUAAACUUCAUUUGUGUCAUUUAUUCAGACAAAAAUUGGUUAACCCUUUAAGGUCUUGUCAUGUCAAAUUUAGUUGGAUCUAAGCAAUUUCAGUUUUACUUUCCUAUGAUGUAGAAUCUACACCGUAUAGAUAUGAGGGGAAUUCGCACAGCUAAAUUCGUGUGUGAGUUAUUAGACAUGAGUAUCUUAUCCUUUGGUUUUGUCAGUCACACACCUAAAACGUAGGACCAGCACAUAUGCAUCAGUCCAAGUUACCAUACCUCACUGACACAACGAGAUGAACGCCAGAUUCAUAGAAGUAGUCACUUCAAUGAUAGUAAUAUAUAAAAGAAAGGCUGUGUAGUGGUUGUUUAGUCUUGUGGUAGUUGAGCGUGAGUAGAACACAUCAGACACAUCCAUUAGGUUUAUCAAAAUUUCUAAAAGUGUUGAAAUUAAGUGAUUUUGGUCCUUUAAAAUGUUCUUUGAAACGGUGCUUAUUUUCAAAAUGACAUCAAUCCAUGAAGUCACUAACCUAUGGCCAACACCAUGCAUUGAAAUCUCAGCUUCCUGAUUAAAGAGAAUAAGAUAGACAAUCAGUCUAGAAAUUUGAAUAGUGUAAUUCAAAUCGACUUUAUUGGAGCAGCAACAUCCACCAUUUGUCUCCAUGUAUUUAUUUAUUUAAACAUAAAUAUUAGCACAAGGAAGCACCAAAUAUGUAUGCGCCACACAAAUUCGAUUCCUGUAAGGGCUAGAAUACUGCCAGGGCGCCCAAACCGAAGUAGGUGAUUUUCUUAGGGGACUACUGUCUAAGCCUUUGACCUAAAGGUAUAAUCCACGAGGCAAUUAAGCGACGUUAGAUGUGGUCUCAUGGUAGCUGGUGACCAACAAUAGGUUUAUACGCCACUUUUCCCCUCAGGAUCCUGAAGCCCAUGUGCACGACUGGUUUGGAAUCGGGGUUUCCAACUCCCCUAGGUGGACCCUCCGUUUACACCCAAAGCGCUGGACGUUCGCUUUUCGUCCUCUCAGUUUCGUAAAUAACACCCUUGUUGCUGCGAAAAGGCAGUGAGUAGGACUUUUAUGGCAAUGGCUGUAUACGUGUGGCCAUGUGAGAGCAUUUCAAGAGUGAGUGGACCCUUCCCACCCUCGGUCGUACCUGGGCAUUCGGGGGCCAUCUCCCUGUACAUAUUAGAAUAAGACUACUCCGGUUUUAUUAUUUCUAAUUUUAAUCCUUCACUUAUAUGGGUAUCACUUUUUCAUCCCUUUCUUUUGCCUCACAUUAAUUUAAUAAAAAAUAUUUACUAAUCACAAUGGUUUUUCCUAGUGCAUGCAGUCACCAUAGCUACGUAAUUCUGUAUGAUAAUUCGAAAAAUAUCUUAAUAAAAGAAGCAUUUGGAUAUACUGUAUUCUGAGUAUAUUGUUCUGAGUCAAGAGGGGGAUGACUGACAGAUUUAAGAUAAACCGUCCUUUAGUUUUUGUCUUCUCGUUCUUCACAAAUAUAACUACAAAAUAUCCAAGCUUAGCUCGUCCGCCAAGUUAUUCUUUAUUAUAUUCUUUAGAUAUCUCUAUUAAUGACGGGAGUUCGGAGAGUCGCAAUAACUGGUUUGGGGGUCUGUACACCUUUGGGUUUCAGUGUAUCAGAAUUAUGGGCGAAUCUUUUGAAAGGCUCUUGUGGAAUAUCAAAGACGCUUGAUGAAUUUUCUUUUUUGCCUAGUCAGGUUUUCGGGAGUAUCGAUAAUCAAAAAUUGGAAGAACGAAAGUCUUUUGUAGAGUCUGAAGUCUAUAAGUCGUGUGGUUUGGAUAUUUCUAAUGAUUGGAGAUCUGUGUCACGUGCUAGUGCUCUAGGUAUUAUUGCAACUUAUGAAGCUUUCAAACAAGUGAAGUGGAAAGCAAACUCAGGUUAUCGAGCAGGUAUUUGCUUUGGAGUGGGGUUGGACGGUCCAAAUGAAGUUAUGAAUACAUCAUCAGGAAUUUUAGCCAAGAAAUACUCUAUUAUUGGGCCUCACGCUUUAACAAGAACACUCGGUAAUAUCCCAGCUGCCAUAAUAAGUCGAAUUUGGGGACUACGAGGACCGUGUAUGGCAGUCAACACCGCAUGCGCUGCUGGCCUACAUUGCAUUGGCGAAGGCUUCCGUAUGAUUCAGAAUAACGAAGCUGAUCUGGUUGUUACUGGUGCAUGUGAAUCUCCUUUGAAUGCCUGGAUAAUCGCUGCUUUUUGUCGACUACGUGCAUUAUGUACACAAUUUAAUGAUAAUCCUGAGAAAGCCUCUCGUCCAUUUGAUUCCUUGAGAAAAGGAUUUGUGUUAUCUGAAGGUGCAGCUACAGUUGUAUUACAGGCAUGGCCUCCUCCAGACAGUUUCUUAAUGGAAUCAUUUAUGGAAACACCAAAACCGAUAGCUGAAGUUAUUGGUUUUGGAAGGUCUGUGAAUAGAGAUGCACAUCAUUUGGUUGCACCUGAUACAACAGGAAAUGGAGUACUUCGAAGUAUGCUAAAUGCCUUCAAAGACUCAAAACUUAAACAUUUCAAUCAAAUUGGACACAUAAAUUGUCAUGCAACAUCCACCCCUGUUGGUGAUUUAACAGAGCUGAGCGCUAUUGCACAAAUGUUUGGUGAAUAUUUUAAUUCUCAAUACCAUACACCUGUUGUAAUCAAUUCAAUUAAAGGUCACCUUGGUCACUGUUUGGCAGCAGCCGGUGCCAUAGAAACCGUGUACGCUGCUUUAUCUGUUAAUCAGAAUCAAAUUUGUGGAAACCUCAACCUGCAUAAUCCUAUCUCAAUUUCUGAGUUGUUGGAGGUUUUAAAAUCUAAUUCCAGUUCUUCAACUAGUAUAUCUUCUAAUGACAAGUGUAUAGAUCUGUUUAGGAACUAUGCUGUACUUCCUAGACACGAUCAAACACAAGUUAUGUGGCCCGAUAGUCAUCGACGUAUUGUUAUGACUAACUCAUCCGGAUUUGGUGGAACAAAUGGAACUCUUUUAAUUUCAGAAUGGACGGAUUAG